AGUCGUGCGACAAAUGACGAUGGGCAGUACAGCAAUAGCUGUGGAAAUCGUGAACGUAGCCAUUGGUGUUCUGCAAACAUGGCUACCGAUGCUUCUGAGUUGGAGACUCCCGUAUUGAGCGAGGAAAACAGCGAAAUGCUUACAGAAAAGACCGAAGAGGAAAAGCAGAAAUAUCCAGAAGCAGUGAAAGAUGAGGCAGGUGAUAGCUGUGUUGAUGCACCGCUGAAAAUUGCGGAAGCGGUUGAGGAGUGCGUGCAAGACGGAGAAGUAGGGGAUGCGAAACCUGCUGCAGAGGAGGCCGUGGCUGUCGGAGCGGUAGCGGCUGCGGAAGCGGUAGUGGUGGUGAGAGUGGCAACAACAGUCGCAGCAGCAACAAGGGACGCGAAUGAUGACGUGGUGGUGGGAUGCCAACUUGCCAAAUCAGAGGAAGAUAGCCUGGGCCCGGAGGACGAUGUUGAUACCAGUGAUAAUGUUUUUGACGAUACGGUAAAUGGAAUAGAAAUGAAACCAGAAGAGCCGAGAGAAGAGCGCCAGUUGCCUGUUAUAGUGAGUUGCGUGAAAGGCAAACCCACCAGUGAGGAUGCCCCGGAGUCUGCGGAAGAGAAAACAAACACAGGAGGCGGGGGGCUUGCGGUUGGGCACAAGAGGAGAGCCAGUGUAGAAAUGUCAUCCUCGGACGGAGAGCCACUCAGCCGGAUGGAUUCAGAGGACAGUGUCAGCAGUACCCUAAUGGACAUGGAGAGCACGGUAUCCAGCGGGCGUUCCACCCCAGCCAUGAUGAAUGGACAGGGCAGUGCCGCCCAGUGCCACUCCACUACCAAGGGCCAGGCGGUUGGCUAUACCUGUUGUUGGGACCAGUGUGGCCUCUGCUUCACCUGCAGCCCUGACCUGGCUGAACACAUCAGGGGCAUGCAUGUCGAUGGACAAAGAGGAGGGGUGUUUGUGUGUCUGUGGAAGGGCUGUAAGGUGUACAACACCCCUUCCACCAGUCAGAGCUGGCUCCAGAGACACAUGCUGACACACAGCGGAGACAAACCCUUCAAGUGUGUGGUCGGGGGCUGCAAUGCCAGUUUCGCGUCCCAGGGGGGGCUAGCGCGCCAUGUUCCCACCCACUUCAGCCAGCAGAGCUCCUCUAAGCUGUCCAGUCAGGGCAGGCUGAAGGAGGAGUCACCCUCUAAGGCUGGGCUUAAUAAGAGAAAGAAACGAAUCCUGAUGAACAAACGCAGGCGCUCCCUACUGUCUCCUCUCCCACCAGCGAGGCCCCAUGACUUCUUCGAUGCCCAAACCAUGGACGCCAUCAGACACCGGGCUAUCUGCCUUAACCUGGCCACACACAUGGAGAGCACAGGCAAUGGACACAGUGUGGUGUUCCACAGCACGGUGAUAGCCAGGAGGAAAGAGGGCUCUGGGAAGGUAAAGGUGCUGCUCCACUGGACUCCAGAGGACAUGUCGCAGUUGUCAAUGAGAACUUUUUCUCAACUGGCCUGCCUGGUUAAAUGGAGCCUGCCUGAUGUGUGGGUGAACGAGACGGAGCGUUGUCAGCUGAAGACAAAAGUGGUUCACUUAUCCCAGCUACCACAAGACACCGCUAUGCUACUAGACCCCAACAUCUACAGAGCGUUACCACAGAAGCAGCUGAAGCGAAGUCUGUAAGGAGUCUUCUGUGGACAGAGGACUACAGAAGGGAAGAACUCCUGUUCUUAGGAUGUGGGUCUAUAUGGGAGCCUCUACGUCUGUCGUUCCUUGAAAGGAGGAGACUAGCGGAAGGGACCGUGGACAGAGGAGAGAUGUUACAUCCUUUUUCUGGGUAGAGUAGAGAAUGUUUCUUCUUUCCUCUGUAUUUUUAAACCCACCACUGCAUCAGUCUGCAGUGAAAGUGGGUUAACCAUUUAAAAUGGUUCUGUUCUUUAAAAGGUAAUGAAUGUUUUAUAUUAAGUGCUAAACUUGAAAAGAAAAACAUGUAUAAAUGAUUUUAAGUGUACUACUAAAACUAUGGUUUGGUUGUUAUACACAACUGCGUAAAGAAAUAGUUUAAUUGUGUAGAAAGUAACAUACAGCAUUUUUUGUAGACAUUGUUCAUCUUGUAAAUAUUUUUUGCAGAUUUGUUAUUUUUAUACCAUGGAAUACUGUAGUUUAUUGUGAAUUUUUUAUUUUUAAGCAUAAUGUGUAAUUAUUGUUUCAAUGUGAAAGCUCUUUUUGUAACCUAUUAUUGUUGAAAUGUCAAAUUAAAUCAUCAAUCCAUAUAAUGUUCAUGUUGUCUCCGAUGAUUAAAAUUAAGAUAAUAUUAAGAUAAAUAUUAAGAUAAAAUGGGUAAUGAUGACUUGUAUAGGCAACCCAUUAUUGCAUGACAGUGCUUAUUCUUGGGCUCUCUUGCUGUUGUCAACAAUUUGAUAGUGUCUAUCUUCACUAGUUACCACAGCCACAAAGUCAUAAACUCUGGCCAUUUCUACAAUUUAUCUCCUUACAAUUUGAUUUUAAACCUAACCUUAAACCAUAACCACACUGCUACCCUUAUACCCAACCCUAACCUUAAAUUAAGACCAAAAAACCCAUUUUUGUUUUCAUUAAGUUUUACGAUAUAGCCUAUUUUGACUUUGUGGCUGUGGUAACUAGUUGAAACCGAUCGAUACAAACGUGUACAUUGAAGCAUGACCUCUAACCUUCUAGCACCUGUGACCACUAACUACAUUAGUGUUAACUAGAACUCCUGAACCCCAAGGCAUGGUUAAUUCAUGAGUAUGGUAAUACAUUUGUGUUAUCAUUAUAGACUAUUUACCAUGUGUAUGUAUACAGUUCAACAUUCAAUAUGAGGACUUGUGAACUUAAAUUUCACUCUGUAUGUUGAAAGUGGAAUAUAUCACCAAUAAAACAAAGACAGAAAGGUAAAAGGAUCUUGUUGAACAGCACUAACUAUUGCUGUGUGUGUGUGUGUGUGUGUGUGUGUGGUAGGAAGAGAAUGAUCACAUAGUGAAAUAUAGUUCAGAAUUUAUGAGUUAGUCUUUAGGAUUUAAAAUAAUUUCUGUGUCUUCUUCUUGGGAACAUCAUGGUUUGAUAUUUUAAGGACACCGCUGUCAUGGCUGGCUGUUCCUUUCUAGGAAAAGCCUUGUUGGGUAGACACACAAACAAACACACAGUACUGCAAACAAUUUUACAUCCGGGGUAAAUCGAACAUGAUUUAGACCUUGUUUAUGGAAAAGUGUUUCUAUCUGUAUUUCAAUGUUGCAACUUGCUGAAAAUUGUCCAGUGUUCCUAUCAUCUCGAAUAAACAGUACUGCAAAAAGAAA